AUGUCGAGAAGGCAGCAGCAUGAAGCGGUUGGCCAUGUGGGAGCCUGCUCGUUGUCAGCUACCGGAGGUUCCGCGCAGCAUCAGCCACCGAGUCAGUUUCAAAGGCCCUCGUUGCCGAGAGAACGUGGUGCACCGGAGGCCGCGGAUCCCGAUCCUCCGCUCUUUCAUGGACACAUUUUGCCCAAGGAGAGGCGGGAUGGAGAUGAUGAGCGGCGCGGUAGGGCGGCGGUUGGCGAUCCGCCGCUUUUUUCUCGGAAUGAGGCACCCACGGUCCGGAUUAUCCAGCCCAAUCAAUCAGUAUCUGAAGACAUUAGACGAAGCGAGCUAGCAGCAGCAAUUGCACGGGUUUUGCCCAAGAGACGUCGAGGACGGUAUCGGCGGCCGAAAGCAAGACCAGACACCAGCCGAGACGAGCCUCCGAGGAAACAAAUCCGAGCUAGAACCCGAAAGCAGAGAAGACAAGAGUUACAGGCCGAAGACCUGGCGAGCGUUCUGCGCUUCUUGGAGGACGAAUUCGCUGUGAAGGAGAGUCUUUCCAACAAGCAGGCGUGGUGUACGCCGAUACCACAUGAGAGAAAGGUGUCGACCGUCCGAGCCUUCUACAAGGAGUUCCACGAUGUGGACACUUUGCCAAUACGGACUUGUAUGCUAUGCUAUCGACAACCGUUCGCCAUUUUCAUGUCGGAGCUACUUUCCCGUGGGCGAGACCUUCUCGGCAUAUGCCGAGUGCGCUCGUUGCUUGAGGCGGGGUAUUCUGUCGCCUGCGGCCUAGCUUCACAGACGUAUUGGGGCCUCACGCCGGUUGAGGAGAAGCUGAUCGCGCUGAACUCAUGUUACGGGUUCGUCACAAGGUACAGCAUUGCGAGUAGCCAGAAGCAGAGUGCCCGGUAUCCGAAGCACAUUAAGGGCCAUAUCACGGUGUUCCCCAACAAUGUGCAGGAGCUGGCCACAAAAGUGCUUCCCCACCCGCUCGUCCAAGUGAUGGAAGAGAUCCAUGUCUCGUGGCAGGGUGCGGAGAAGCUAGCACCAAGCGACCUGUCAGGUUUAUUGUCGGUGAGGCGACGAGUCGUUGAGAGGGCGCUCGUCUGGCUGAAGAAGAACAACCCGCAUUACGCCGAGAUCGAGAUUGACGCGGCGGAGAUGGAGAGCUAG